CUAAACUUAGAAGAGACUUGUUCACUCCCACUCUCCCAGUAGCUUAACUCAAGUUCAGGCGUGUUUACUAUUGUGCAACCUGAUCCUGGUUACCUUGCAGACGCUAAAAGGUGUGUAAGGAGGAGUGGCUUAUUGUCACAGCCAUCGGACAAAGUACAGCAGACACAAACAGCCAAGGUGACAUGUGGCGACAGCUUCUGGACAAUGGCAGGUCAGCCUUCAAUGACCACUGGCCCCAGAGCUUGCUGGUACCAGCUGCAGUCGGGGUCGGGUCGAUUCUGGUUUGCUGGAAGCUGUGUGGAAGUAAAAGGAAAACUAUUGAGAUUGGAGAUGGAUGGUGGGGACCCGGCGAGAGACCUUCCCUGCAGAGCGAGGACACCAGUGUGAGACCAUUCCGCAUAGCAGUGUCAGAUGCUGAAAUUAAGGACUUACAUGAGCGCCUGGAUCGGACACGAUUCUCCUCACCACUAGAGGAUUCACAGUUCCAUUAUGGCUUUAACAGCACCCACCUCAAGAAAGUGCUCUCCUAUUGGAGGAAUGAUUUUGAUAUACACAAGCAAAUUGAUCAUCUCAACAUAUAUCCCCACUACAAAACAACCAUUGAAGGAUUGGAGGUACAUUUUAUUCAUGUGAAGCCUCCACAGCUUGCUCCAGGAAAGAAGGCUCGUCCUCUUCUCAUGGUUCAUGGAUGGCCUGGCUCUUUUUAUGAGUUUUAUCGCAUUAUCCCACUUCUGACUGAGCCAGAGAAGCAUGGUCUAAAUCCUGACCUCUCAUUUGAGGUCAUUUGCCCAUCUAUACCAGGAUUUGGCUUCUCAGAGGCUUCGCACAAGAAGGGAUUUAAUACUGUUGCUGCUGCUCGGAUCUUCUACAAACUGAUGCUAAGACUGGGAUUUAAGGAAUUUUACCUGCAAGGAGGAGACUGGGGAAGUGCAAUUGCCACCAAUUUAUCUCAGAUGAAACCAGAGGCUGUAAAGGGCCUUCAUUUGAAUGUAGUUUUUCUGGAGAACGGAAGCCUGGGGAUGUUCAUAUCUGUGCUUCUUGGGCGAUAUGUGCCGUGGCUAGUUGGUUUCACAAGAGAGGAUGUCAGGCGUUUAUUCCCGUACUUGGAGAAGAAUCUGUAUGCGAUAUUAAGAGAGUCUGGCUAUUUCCACCUUCAGGCUACCAAGCCGGACACUGUAGGCUCGGCCCUGAAUGACUCUCCUGCUGGACUCGCUGCCUAUAUUCUAGAGAAGUUCUCCACGUGGACAGACUCAAGCUUCCGGGAACUUGAGGAUGGAGGUCUUGAAAGGAAAUACACCAUGGAUCAUCUCCUUACCAAUGUCCUGAUCUACUGGCUAACCGGAUCCAUCACAUCCUCUAUGAGGUUCUACAAAGAGAACAUAGUACGGGGUAUGGGUGACACUCCACAAGCCAAGACUGGAGUGUACGUCCCCACAGGUAUCGCUGCUUUCCCGUGUGAUAUAAUGCACGUUCCCCAGUCGUGGAUUAAAAUGAAAUACAAGAACAUUGUCACAUACACCUUUAUGCCGAGCGGAGGUCACUUUGCUUCUUUCGAGGAACCUGGGUUACUGGCAAAAGAUAUCCAGCACUUUGUGUCCCGUGUAGAGAAGAAAUGAGAUGGAUCAGCCUCAGCUGUUUAUAUACGUACGAGCUGAUAAUUAUGACUACUUGGUUUGUGAUUGGUUGUGCAGAAACAGAGAAGCCCUGAGCUUGUAGCACAUUUAAAGGGAUACUAUAAGGUAAAUUGUUAGAAGAUGUCACUUGUACAUUACUGACCCUAGCCUACUCGGUGCUUAACCCCGGCAAUUGGUUAAACAAGCAUUGUAAUCAUCUAGCAGGAAAUGGCUGAUGAUUGGCGGCUCUCUGCUACUGCCUGAUUGACCAUGUUCUGCUGGGAGCUGUAAUCCUUUCAGCUCCUGAGGUGGAAUUUACCUAUGCCUUUAACCCUUUACAUGGGUUAAACAUUGUAAGCUCAGGUCAGUAUUGCAAACAUUACAAGCACUUAAAAUUUAGCGUUUUAUUUUUGUAUUAAAUGGUUACUUUAAUCUGUUCUUUUCCAAUACCACUAUUUUGUAUUCUUAAAAAAAGUUUGACUUCACUGAUUUCUUUAUUUUGCUUUUUGAUUAUUAUUAACAUUCUAUUAAAAUAUUUCUACAAAAUGGCCAUAAA